GUGUCGCAUGAAGUAACUUUUAUAAUAUAGGAAUACAGCACUCAACCCUUAUUACAGUCAAAUAUAUUUUUGGUUAACUGCUUAACCAUCGUUUACUAAGACUUUUUAUAGUAUUGCAUUUCAAAUCUAUCGAAACGAUGGCUGGCAAGAAGACAAAAAGAAACCGGGCUUAUUUUAACCAGCUACUGGCAGGCAUUGCUAUGGGCAUCUCAGCUUGCGGCAUGACAUUCGCCAUGAACUUCCCAACUUUUGGAGUGCCGUCCAUGGAAAAAGAUGACUCCUUCUCUACCUCGCCUGAUGACUUGCGUUUGAUUGGCUCGAUCGUACCAGCGGGGGCUAUGGUGGGUAACUUCUUGGCUGGGAUGUUGGUGGACAACAUUGGCCGUAAGAUGACCAUGAUGGCCGGCGCUGUCCUCUGUUUAAUCGCAUAUGUGCUGCUAGCGUGCGCGCCGUCGGUGGCGCUGGCGCUGGUGUCGCGCGCGGUGUCGGGCGUCGCGGCGAGCCUAGCAGCCAUCGGCGGCAUGAUCUACACUACGGAGAUCGUCCAUCCUAAAGUUAGAGACAGAAUUGGCAGCGUCUCGGGGAUACUCGCUAAUCUCGGCAUGUUGAUCGCAUUCAUGUCGGGCUCGGUCGUGGAGUGGCGAGGGAUGGCAUGGAUCGGCGUCGCGCUCAGCCUGCCUUUCUUCUUCAUCCUGAUGUACCUGCAGGAAUCGCCAAACUAUCUCAUCAAAAAAGGUCGGAGAGAUGAAGCUCGCCAAGUCCUGUUAAACUACCGAGAAUCUGCAACUGAGGCGAUAAAAGAAUACGAGGAGCUCCUGCAAGCGACAAACAAAGCAUCAAAAAGCACAGCGUCACCAAAAGAUCUUUUCUCAGCUCCGUACAUCACUCCUCUGUUGACAUGCCUCAUCCUUCAAAUUGCCCAGCAGCUUACAGGCAUUACAGGAAUCACCAACAAGGCUGUCACAAUUUUCAGCAUGCUGGGCACCAGUAUAGACCCUGCAUACUGCACCGUCAUGAUAGCUAUCGUCAGUAUGAUUACUGCAGUUCUUACUUCCGAGAUCAACGCCCGCUUUGAACGUAAGCCAACGCUUCUGGUGUCGACGGUUUUCAUGGCUAUGGCUCAGGUUUGUGUAGGUUUCUUUCUGUUAGCUAAAUCUAGUGGUGGACCACUUGGCGAAUGGGCUGACGCUAACAGCAUUUUGGCAUUAGGCAGCGUCCUGUUCUUCUAUAUUGCUUUCGGUGCUGGACUUGGACCGAUGCCUUGGAUUUACAUGGGCGAAGGGAUACCUAGUAAAAUCCGAGGCCCUGCUUCCGCCAUAUCGAUGACUCUCAGCAUGCUCAGCAUUUUCGUGGUGCUGCAGUUGUUCGAUCCGCUUAUCGAAUAUUUCGGUUUCCACUACUGCUUGAUGAUACUGGCUGUGGCGUCCUCCAGUGCUACUUUCUUGGCCUUGUCCAUUAUGCUUGAAACAAAGGGGAAGACCGUCAGUCAAAUCGAUAAACAUUAUUUGGAUCUCGAGAAAAAGCGCAAUUAGAACUGUGAAUAGCCAAUAAUGGUUAUAUUAAAGAGACGAUUGCUUGUCUCCAAUUAAUCCAUGACAAUAACAUAAUUUUGUUGCAUUCAGUUGGCAACGAAGUUAGAGACAAUUAUUAAAAUCAACCGUGUUUUGCAUCGUGCUCGUUAUUGUCGACUGGGUAAAUAUUCGGUUUUAUACGCGUUGUACUAUUGAAAUUCAGGAUUGUGUCUUAUAUUUUAGGUUACAGAUUGAUUCAAGAUUGUAAACUUCUGGUAAGGUAUGUACAUGAACUGAAGAGGUAUAUUUCUAUAUUCUCCAAUCAGAUUUGAGUCUGCCUCUCUAUUCCUGUGAUCAGAGUUAUCCAGACUAAUAUAUUAUUGCAUAAAUAUAAAUCCACGCUCAAAGUCCCCAAUGUUCAACGGAGUUGUAAAAGUUCGAAAUCCGGUGAAGUAAUUCCAAGCAAUAAGUCAAUUCUAGGAAUAAUUAAUAUAUGAUUGUAAUCAAUAGGAUGCUAUCAUUGUUUUGACUUCAAAGGUGACCUCUGACGCCAAAAGUGUUUGGUUUGUCUCUCCAACAUUUCACUCGAUACAUCAAUUAAUACAUUAAUCUAUUUACAUUAAUAAUUUAGUGCUUAUCAAAUAAUCCAAUUCAAUUCAAUGGCACUUUGAUGGUCAUGUUUUGAUGAAAAUUUCAGCAAAGGCCACAAGAAAUGUUCCUGGAUAAGAAUCACAUGUUAUCUUUGUACUAUCGGAGGUGUAACUUGUCUAGUCAACUGUUGAUCGGUUCUGAAGUCGAAGUGUUAAAGUGAUGGAUUCGAAGCCAGUACAAUAGUACAUGUUAGUGCCAUGUUUUAUACCUGCUUUCUUGAUAUUAUUACCCCAUACUGUACAUUUGAGUCAUGAACCGUACCAAUGAGUGUCCAAUAUGCUUUAUGCUUUUAUAAGGAGUGUCCACACGUUAUCAUAUUACUUAAACACUAUUCAUGAGUUAUUACUCUCAAUUUACAUGUACUUAAACCCUAUUCACGAGUACGUAAACCCAACCUAUGAGUGCUUAUGCCAUGCCCAAUUUACUAGUGCUCAAACUCAAGUUUUAUGUGCUUAAUCCUAACUUAUAUGUACUAACCUUACUCAAUUCAUGUGCAAAACUUACACCUAUGCUUUGAAUAUUUAGAUCCGAUUCAUGUGUAGUUGAGCCAAAUUUAUUAGCGCCUAAACAUUCCUUUUACGUGGGUAAGUCGGAGCGAUUCACAAGCAUGAAUCGUCUAAGGUGCAACAUAUGGAGGAAGAUUCCGCCGUUUAGCUAUAAGGUUGACUGGAAUUCAAAUUGUGGCUCGUAAGUUAACGUGUAUUUUUUAGACAACCCUUAGAAUUACUAGAUACAAGUACGGUACCUAUAUGUAUUGCGAGCAUUAAUAACGAGAAAUUGUUUAUUUUUGUAGCAACGUUCAGCAAAUACUACUACAAUUUGUAGCUGUUGCUCUCGAAAUACAUGCUUCGCGGAUAUUGCUGAUUUACAGUAACCAAUUAUUUCAUUUGAGUCGUCUUGAGUAAUUAUUGAACGAAAAUCAGGUCUUUAUAAUUAUUGUUUUCUACUAAUCAUGUCACACAAAUUACUGUACUGUCGAGUACCGCAAAUUGAUACUGUACUAAGCCUGCUUUUUUAUAUAGAUAAUA